AUGCUAAAGCUUGCAUUUCUCAUCUCGUGUUCCUUUAUUCUGCUUAACUUGCAAGGAUUAUUGGCUGAUUGUCAACUGAACGAUCCUGCUAGUCAGUGUGGCCAUUACUGCCUCACCAAACUCCAUCCGAUGAUCGAUUUAAUUAGUGAAACAAAGAUUAAGUUGGAUGGAAUCCAAGGCGAGCAGCGGUCUACACAGACGAAACUCCUGGCAAUGCAGUCCAGGCUGGAGGCCCAGAAAAUACAAAUCCAGAACUCCUUUGAAAGGAUGCCCACGAAAGAGGAUUUCGAGUCUGGAUUAAAUAGAACCGAUGGUCAAUUGCAGGCGUUGGAAUCAAGAAUCGAAGACCAACAUACGGAAACUCAGGCAGAACUAAUGGCCAUUAAGUUAGAAAUGCAGAGCCAACAUCAGAUUCUACAGAGCAGCCUGGAAAACCAGUUGAAGUUAAUCAUGGAUGUCCUUGAGGUGGUGCAAACAAUGCUGAGUGGUCAGCAUACAGGUUCUUAUGAAUCUUUUCAAACCGAAACGAAUGGAGAACUCCGGCAAGAUAUUGAAAAAUGUCAAAAACAAUUCGAUUCGAGACUGUGGAGAAUGGAGGACCAGCAUCUGAAAAUACAGUCAACUCUACAGGACCUAAAGGACAAACUGGGGAGCCAAGGAGAAGAGUUUCAAGCUGCCUUUCGUGAAACGCUUUCCACUACCAAAGUAAACAUCAUUCCGCCAAAGUUCGAGAAAAUUGGCAAAGAGUACUAUUACAUCGAAAAAACUCAUUAUCAAACUUGGGACAAUGCUUCAUCCACAUGUCGUCAAAUGGGUGGCUAUCUUGCUUCAUUCCGGAAUAAAGAGGAAGUUGAUGCCGUCAAAGGGAGACUAUUACAUAGUCCUUACUGGAUUGGCUCCAGCGAUCAGGAAGACGAGGGCUAUUACAAAUCUGAGGCCACCGGAUGGGGGGAAAUAUUUAUGAUCUGGGAUAAGGAUGAACCCAAUAACAAAGACAAUAAUGAGGAUUGCGUUGUAUUAACGAAUGAGGGAUUUAUAAACGAAACUACAUGUUCCAAUAGUUAUCGGAGGUGUCACAGAAAUUAUUUCCAACCGAAAUCCGUUAAAGUUCGUACGUGCAUCAAUGCAAAAUCCAACCGUCUUCGGUUGGAAGAGAUUUCUGUGACACCCCUGUAUAUGUUUGUUUGCAAAUUUGACAGCGAAAUGUAG